CCUUGCAUAUAGUACUAUACAUCGGGUAUAAAAAAUUGAUGCAAGAUGCAGCAGCUGCCCCAAUUUCCUAUGCACGUCUCUUGCAAUAGACAGGUGUCACCAGCCAUCGAUUUAAGUACGUAGUUGGUUCAUUGAGUGAGACUCUUGUGUGUGUAUGCCAUCGUGAGAGCCAGUUCGAUCGGAAUCAAAGACACGCUUAAUCCCUGGCCGGGUAGCAGAUGGGGAGAGCGCACCCUUGCUGUUCGGAGGAGAAGAAGCUGAGGAAAGGGCUGUGGUCGCCGGUGGAGGACGAGAGGCUCACCUCCCACAUCGCCCGCUUCGGCGUCAGCUGCUGGAGCUCCAUCCCCGAACUUGCAGGCUUGCAGAGGUGCGGCAAGAGCUGCCGGCUGCGGUGGAUGAACUACCUGCGGCCGGACCUCAAGCGGGGCCGCUUCUCCCAGCAGGAAGAGGAACUCAUCAUGGCGCUCCACAAAGCCCUUGGCAAUAGCUGGUCCCAGAUCGCGGCGAGGCUGCCCGGGAGAUCGGACAAUGAGAUCAAGAAUUUCUGGAACGCGCGGCUGCGAAAGAAGCUCCGGCAGAAGGAGGCGUCCACGGCCGGGAACAAAGACCCCGCCGCGGGCAGCAACCGCCGCCGUGGCGAGGAUGACCAGACAAAGCCGGCGCCGACGGUGUUCAACCCGUUCCCGGCUCUUGACGACCAGUCGCGUCCUGCCGGCCACGUCGCCGGCGCUGAUGCUGGAAGCAGCUGCGACGAAUCCUCCGCUGCCGGCAGCGCGGCCGUCAAUGCAACCGCAGCGACAGGUGGUGGCGCGGACGCUAACCGGAACGCGGCUGCAGCCGAGUCGGUGACGCCGUUGCCGUCCAGCACGAGCGCGUGCAAGGAGACGCGGGGCUACGACGACGGCUUCUUAAGGGCGAUGGUCGACGACGCCAGCUGCUUCCUGCUCGGAGACUUGUACGACCUCGAUGGCAACCAUGAUGGACUGAUCAGCUUAUGGGAAGGCCAUGCGUUCAGUUGAUGAUUCCUUAGUCCGUUUCUUGUUUCUGCAACGAUCGAUUCCAUUUGUUCGGGGCAAUACAAUUUACAAGUCGGCUUCUGUGCCGUUUGUGUCAAACCAAAUGUGCAAAUUCAAAUGGAAUAAAAAGAUGAAUUUGUACUUGAUUCUGUUUCCAUGUAGAAGAAAAGUGUCAAUUGUUUCUGGAUCAGUCUGAGUCAGAAGAACAAGACAAUGUGAAUGAACCAAC